GGGGCUGUAGUGGGAAAAUGGUUUCGGUUCCUGUUCUCCAGCAGUCACGCUGUUGUGUGUUCUCGCACCGUUUCUGUCGUUGUACAGAUGGAGAACUGGGAAUGUGUAGCAAGGAGGGAUGAAGUCAGGGAGUGGCGGAAGUGUGACAGCCGGGAGGGAGAACUGAUAAAUCCUGGAAGUGGCUUGAGAGGGAAAAGUUUGGUCUAGUGGGAGAUUAACAGCUGGAAGGAGCAGGUUUGUGAAUGAAAUGUGAAAGGACUUGAAGAACAGUUUGGGAUAGGAAGGGUUUGAGAAAAUUGAGUGUGUGGGAGGAAGUGUUACAAACGGAAGCGAACGAGAGAUAGAUUGUCUGUAUGUUCUCUGUAGAAGUAAACACAUCCUUAGACCCAGCUGUGUGCAAAGGCCUAAUUAGGAUUUUCACCCUGCAGUUGUACUGUUAGUAAGUCUUUAAGUGACAUCUCCAUCUUAAUUUUCAAAAGCCAUUUUUCAUCAUUAUAGCUUUGUCUGCCAGCCCACUAUUUCUUCCAUUCCUGUCAGAGUUUAAGUCCCUUACUUGCUUCUCUGUCUCUUUAAAGUCUGUGCUGUGCCCUUGUUGCAGGAAUGACUUUCUGUAGGAUGUACCAAGAUGCAGCAAGGAGGACCAAUGGUUGCUGGAGCCUUCUUUACUAUUUGGAUGAUUUCUCUCCAGAAUUUAUUUUUGAAUGGAAGCGUGCUCCUUCCCAGUAGAAGAUGGUGAUCAUAAUGUAUGAUCAUGGAGAAGGGGAUAAGUUCAGUAGAAGUGUUACCUUCCAAGUCAUCUCAGGUUACAGCUGUAAAAGUGGUGGUCAAAGAGCCCGAAACAAAGCAAACCCAAAGAGGGAAACGAGUGGGAUUUGUGCUUGUCCAUGCAGGUGCAGGUUAUCAUUCUGAAUCCAAAGCUAAAGAGUACAAACAUGUGUGCAAAAGAGCCUGCCAGAAGGCAAUUGAAAAGCUACAGGCUGGUGCUCUUGCAACAGAUGCAGUGACUGCAGCACUUAUAGAAUUAGAGGAUUCUCCUUUUACAAAUGCAGGAUUGGGAUCUAACCUAAACCUUCUGGGUGAGAUAGAAUGUGAUGCCAGUAUAAUGGAUGGAAAGUCAUUGAAUUUUGGAGCAGUUGGAGCACUGAGUGGAAUCAAGAAUCCAGUUUCGGUCGCAAAUAGAUUGUUGUGUGAAGGGCAGAAGGGGAAACUCUCUGCUGGCAGAAUUCCACCUUGCUUUUUAGUUGGUGAAGGAGCUUACAGAUGGGCAGUUGAUCACGGGAUACCAGCAUGUCCUCCAGGUAUCAUGGCUACAAGGUUUAGUUUAGCAGCUUUUAAGAGGAACAAGAGGAAGCUGGAGUUGGCUGAAAAGGUGGAAACAGAUCUCAUUCAACUAAAGAAAAGAAGACAAUCAAAUGAAAAGGAGAACGACUCAGGAACAUUGGAUACAGUUGGUGCAGUUGUUGUUGACCAAGAAGGGAAUGUUGCUGCUGCUGUCUCCAGUGGAGGUUUAGCACUGAAGCAUCCUGGAAGAGUUGGUCAGGCAGCUCUUUAUGGUUGUGGCUGCUGGGCCGAAAAUACAGGAGCUCAUAACCCUUAUUCCACUGCUGUGAGUACUUCAGGCUGUGGGGAGCACCUUGUCCGGACCAUACUGGCCAGAGAAUGUUCAUGUGCUUUGCAAACAGAGGAUGCCCACCAAGCUCUCCUAGAGACUAUGCAAAACAAGUUUAUUGGUUCACCUUUUCUAGCCAAUGAAGAUGGUGUUCUUGGAGGUGUGAUAGUUCUCCGCUCCUGCAGGUGUUCAGCAGAGCCUGAAUCCUCACAGGAAAAGCCAACUUUACUAGUGGAAUUUCUGUGGAGCCAUACAACAGAGAGCAUGUGUGUUGGAUACAUGUCUGCACAGGAUGGAAAAGCUAAGACUCACAUUUCAAGACUUCCUCCUGGAGCUGUGGCAGGACAGUCUGUGGCAAUAGAAGGAGGAGUUUGCAGGCUGGAGAGUCCAGAAAGCAGCUGAUUCUUCACUUCAUUGCAAAGAAUGUAAAUGACUUUUUGUACAAUAAGGGUUUUUUUGUGUUUUAACAGAUGUUGGAAAUUCCGCUUUUGUUUUGUACUCCAUAUCGCAACCAUGUGCACCAUAACUUGAGACAAGUGCUGCUGUAGUUCAUGUUCUCACUCUGUGAAUGGGGGUUGUGUGCAUGUUCAUUUUGUCCCACGAAUAAAAUAGGAACUCUCCCCAGUUGUGCAAAGAUCAUGUAUGAUUAAUAAUUGCAUUUUCAUUUUUUUUUGUGUUGAAAAGUAACCAAAAGUUAAGAAAACGUAGUUUAAAGAUACAGUUUAAAGAUACAGUUUAAAGUCACAAUUGUCAUUCAUAUUUUAAAUUUAAAACUAACAGGCCUUUGAAGUGGCUUUAUAAUUAUGCAAAAAAUUAUUAUGGUUUUUAAGUUUCUCAGUGGUUUAAGGAAAUCCAGAGGUGAUUUAAACAUGAGUUGUUUUUUUCCUCUCCAAUAAGGAGGAAUUUUUUUUUUGUUCAAAGAAUGGUUUCAGUGAAACAAACUAGAGCAAAACUUAGGCUCAGAUUGUUUUUUAAAUAGUCUUAUAGGUCAUAUCUGUGUUCCCAACCCAAGAUGUUAAUAGCUCCAAGCUGUAUGUAUUGCAGAAAGCUCUAUGAAGAUAAUGUAUCAUUACACAGUCUUUAUGUAUAAUGGAAUAUUACAGUGUAAAUAAGAAAACAAAGUUUAUGGAAAGAUUCGAUAUUAUUCUUCACUUCUGCUUUAAAUCUAUUUUUAAGAGAGGUACAGAAAUGAACAUAUUACUGGAUGCAAAGUGCAAUGUGUAUUAAGUGGCUGGUAGGAGGUCUGAUACUGGGCUUUCAUGUUGGUAAAGCAGCUUCCUCAAGUCCAGCCACAGCAUGGGUAUUUAUAUAACUGUGUGUAAUAUGUAUGUACUGUGCAUAAAUUUACUGUAACUCUUUUGAUACCUUCAACCAACCUGCAGUGUAAAACAAUGUAAUCCUUGUCUGCCUCGUGAAGCAUUGGCAGCUGAACUGUCAUUUGUCACCAGUUUGGAUAUGUGAGCCAGGCUGCCCAAAUCCUAAAAGCGAGUUCUGACGUACAACCUUCCACUCAGUCCUUUUCCUUCACAGCACUGGCAGCAAUAGAAGACUUUUGUAAUUGAAUCGUUGUCCUGAUAAGUAUGCCAAAGAGAAACUAAAAUAGUUCAUCUUUUUCCCUGGUGGAUAUUUGAUAAUUCUGUUUUCAGAAAUAGUGGAUGAAUAGAUAUUCAGACUGUAUUUGCUUAAUCAGGCAUUGUACUUGCCUGUUUUGUAAUGUUGUGCCUGCCUAUAACAGACAUACUUGACUGAUAAAAUGGUUAUAUUGAUUGUAGUAUCAAUCUUUCAUGGAAAAGAAUAAAAUUUUUUAAUAGCCUGAGUUCAUUUUCACUGUUAUAUUACA